AUGCCUAUGAUAUUUUCAGAACACAUGGAGCACUACGAUCUUGAGACCAUCUUCCCUUACCGCUCGGACGUUAUCCCUCCGUAUGAGCGGAUAGAGGUUGAGUACGUACAGCAUUCUUGCUUUCGCUUCCUUCAUCUUGCUUCCCACUCUAUACGCGAGGGUUCUUCCAUUCGCCUCUGGCACCCUUUCAUGCCUGUGCCGCUUACUGACUCUCUCUUGAAUCUUCAACUCGGUUUCAGCAUCAUUACCGUUCACUGCCUCAACAUCGAGGCCAAGUACUUUGUGCACAAAAACACCUGGAGCUACUCUAGCAAGCUCUGGCCCAGAGAUGUCCUUCCCAGCUGCUACCAGAAGCGUUGUCGAGUCAUGCUCUUCUCCUGGAAUGAUGGCCUUGCCGUAACUGAAGAAGACUCGCGCUUCGUCAAACAUGGCGAUCAUCUUCUCCGACUGCUCAUGGAGAAUCGGCUCGAGGAUCCUACUCGACCGAUCGUCUUCCUUUGCCACGGCGUUGGCGGACUUAUUGUCAAGGAGGCGCUGGCCAAGGCUCAUCUGGACAAGACGGGCACCAUUCACAUCAUUGAUCAGUGCACUCGUAUGCUGGCCUUCUUCAACACGCCUCACCACAACGUGGCCAAGUCUGUGCGAAACAUUGCCAGCGCUGCCGUCAACCCCACGGCCCCUGACGUCCUCGACAAGCUGGACAAGGCAUGCGAAGAGCACGUCGAGCGCAUGGCCCCCGUGGAGGCGAGAGGACGGCUCUACCGCAGACGCGUCAUCAUCAACUUUCAUGGCACCAGCAUUUACCGCGGCACCGGCAUGGUUCUUGUUGAGAAGGAAGAUACCAAGUUCAAUGCCAGAGCCGAAUACUGGGAAAAGUAUUUCCCCAUCUACGGCGAUCAUACCUCCAUGUGCAGGUAUCGCGGCAGCGAGGAUCUCACCGGCGAAACUGUGCUGAAGAUCAUCGGCCUCAACACACGUCUUGCCCUUCGCCGAGGUUUCGCUUUUGAAGGCGUCCUUGUCCUCCCCUACAGCAACAAGAGCGUCCACUAA